UUAUACAUCCGCAGUCUUAUAUCAAUGGGCCUAUCACAUACCACCACGACCUUAUCUUGUUUCGUAGCUUUUAUUUCGCGAUAAGAGAAUAUUUACUAUGGCAACAUUCGCGUACAAAGCUCCAAUGACAGUUCAUAUUUGACACUUCGCACCUGUCAAUUGGGCGGUUUCCUACCUUGCUGUAUUGUGUAGCUUUUACGGUGUAAAGUGUAAAUAAAACUUUCAAAAUGAUUGUUAGAAUAUCGUCCCUUUUUCUAUUAGUAUUACUAUCGACUACAAACUGUGAUAGAGAUGUCGAAGUCCGUUCAGAAGAAGAUGUCGGCGUAAAAUACGCAAAUCGCUGCGAAGUUUGCAAGAUUUUAACCACUGAAUUGCAGGCAAGACUUGAAGAAACCGGCAAAAUUCACGAUGUCAUCGAAAUUGGAUACUCCCUCGACGAUGUCCAGCCGAAGAAGAGAACUAAAUAUGAAAAGUCCGAGUUACGAUUGAUCGAAUCUCUUGAAGGAGUCUGUGACAGGAUUUUAGAAUACAACAUGCAUAAAGAACGAGAAGAUAGCACCAGGUUCGCUAAAGGUAUGAGCCAGACGUUCAAAACUCUUCAUGGAUUAGUAGAUAAAGGUGUUAAAGUAGAUCUCGGUAUUCCACUUGAGUUGUGGGACAAGCCAUCGGCAGAAAUCACUCACAUGAAGAGCCAAUGUGAAAGCCUACUGGAAGAAAAUGAAAGUGUUGUUGAAGACUGGUACUGGAACCAUCAAGGAACUGUGGAUCUAAUGAACUAUUUAUGCACUAAAAAUGCAUUACGGGGAGCGGAUGAUUCCUGCCUCUAUGAAAAGGUGCGGGAAAAAAAUACUAAAGGAGACAAAUCUGAACUUUGAUUGUAAUAACUUCUGAUUGUUUGAUUGUAAGAAAAUUCUGAUUUAAACUUUCACGAUUUUUACUCAUUAUUAUUUACAACGACGGGACUUAAUCGCGUAAAAUAAGUAUUAAACCCACCUCCGACGUUUCGAGGACGGCGUUGUCCCCGUGGUCUCGGUCGUGGUGGACCAGAGUCUCGGGUGGUUCAAUACUUAUUUUACGCGAUUAAGUCCCGUCGUUGUAAAUAAUAAUGUUACAACAUUGAUCAAAUAAUCUUUUAUAAUAAUAUAGAAAAUGUAAUUUGA